AUGGACAAAUGGAAGAGCAUUCAGUUUUCUAAGGAGGAAGAAGAAGGGAUUAAAGCUGAGGUUGAAGAGGUUUGUGAAGGGGAAAUCUUGCAACGUACCCUUGCUGGAAAACAAUGGACAAAUAAUAGUUUCAACUCAAGAGCUUUCAUUAGUACAAUGACAGGGACGUGGAAACUCAGAAACCCAGUUGAAGUCCAAGAUCUGAACAAAAAUCUCUUUCUUUUUCGGCUCGCUACAAAACGAGAUCUAAAAUGUGUGUUAAAGAAUGGGCCAUGGAGUUUUGACAAAUAUAUUCUCAUUCUGAGUUGCAUUUUUGGUGAAGAGCAACCUUUUGAACAUGCAUUAUGGGACUUUAUGGGUGCGAAUUUACGAGCUUCCUCUUAUGCUUCGCUCAGAAGCCAUGGCAAAAAAAUUGGGAGGCAUCUAAGGCGAAUUUGA